AUGACGGUGGGUGAGCACGAUGGCGAAUCACCUGAAGCUUCUCAAACAACAGCUGAGCUUCAAAAGAAAAUAGACAGCCUGCAAGGCCAAAUCACCGACAUACACCGAACUCAAGGAACUACCGGAGAAAAUUCCAACCUCUCUUCAGAAGUCCAGAGCCUGAAGGAAAAACUUGACGAACACUCCAAACCGUUGGAGCUAAGUGCCGAGAAGCUCAGCCAGCUACAGUCAGAGAACACUGCCCUCCGGGACCAGAAUCAAACCCUCAACGUGGCAGGUAACAAGAAGCUUUGCUUCAACACUCGGGUUCAACCUAUGGGAAAUCUGAACACACCCAGCACCGGAGAAGGUACCACCGACACACCUCCUGCAUCUGGGGUAGCUGGGGCAACACGGGAAGGGACCGAGAAUCCUCAAAUCCAUGAUCUUGAGGAGAGUGAUUCCGAGCCAGAACCCGUGAAAGCAGCAACCGAAUCCUCCAUAACCGCCUACCUAGAGCAGAUGUUCUCUAGGAGAUUCGAUGCCAAGCAAUCUAUGGUAGAACGCCUACCAGGAGUAGCUCCCCCAAUCCGAAGGAGCAACCAUGAUUCCUACGCGGAUACCCCUUUUGCGGAAGAAAUUGCCUCGGUAGAGAUGCCUAGAAAGUUCUCCUUCCCCAGCAUCAAGAUGUAUGACAGUAUUGGCGACCCCGACGAUCACAUCGCGCAGUACAAGCAAAGGAUGUUGGCGGUUGCACUCCCUAAGGAGUCCCGCGAAGCCACGAUGUGCAAAGGGUUCGGUUCCACUCUGGUCGGACCUGCCUUGCAAUGGUACAUCAAUCUCCCUACCAGGUCCAUAUCUUCCUUCGCAGGCCUGAGCGACAAAUUCGUGGAGCAAUUCGCAAGCUGUAGGAGCCUGGAGAAGACUUCCGAUGGUCUCUACGAGAUCCUCCAGCAUCGAGUGGAACCCCUGCGAGACUACAUAGCCCGCUUCAACUAG